CAUUUUUUCGUUUGCUCGUUUGGUUCGCCAUCGCCAUCUGUGAUCCGCCUAAUAUCGUCACCCAGAACAUAAGUAUUAUAUUGAGAAAGUGUCUCUUCGUUUUGCUCUAUUAUAUUUCCUAUCAUAGUGUGUUUUUCUAUCUGUGGUAUUCCAAAUAGAAAACUCUUCUUCUAUCACUCUCUCUAAUCUGCAAGUGUGGAACUCAAACUCAAACAAAUUAAAACGAAUUUCCAACUACCACCACAUUACUAUUCAAACUGACCUUCCCUUCUUACAUCUCAUCAUCACUGCCAAGUGCCUAUAGAACUAGAUAGAGUAGGUACCUCAACCAAAACCCACAUACUAUACCAUAAUACCCAUUAGGAAGGGGCAAUAUCGAGCGAGCGACAAUAGAUAAGAUAACAAACGAUAACGAAACGACAACAUCCAAAAAAAAAAAAAAAGAAUUUUGAAUACAAAAACAUAUUUGUGUGUAACCGAGAGGGGAAUUCGAAUUUGGAACAUUUUUUUCGGGAGCGAAGCAAAGCACCACCAUGAGCCAAUCAUGUCUACCAGUCAACGCGAAAAUGUCGAAGGCAAAAAAGGUUCUAGACGAAGCCCGCGAAACACAAAAUCGGGAAAUCGAUUUGGUCGAGAGAGGCAUUGCAUCCUUUGAGGAAAUGCCAGGAUUGUUGUCAAUGGUUAACAUCACCCGCCUUACAUUGAGCCACAAUAAGCUUACAACCGUACCAGCUGGCAUAGCUAAUCUUGCUAACUUAGAAAUUCUUAAUUUCGCCAACAAUGCCAUACGUGAACUGCCAGUUUCCCUCUCCUCAAUGCCAAAAUUACGAAUCUUAAAUGUCUCCAUUAAUCGUUUGGACACUUUGCCUCGUGGAUUUGGUGCUUUCCCAGCCUUGGAAGUACUCGAUUUAUCUUACAAUAAUUUAAAUGAAAAUCAAUUGCCUGGAAACUUUUUCAUGAUGGAAACUCUACGUGCUCUCUAUUUGGGUGACAAUGAUUUUGAAUUCAUACCCAAGGGAUUGGGUAAUUUGAAAAAUCUACAAAUUCUUGGUCUGCGUGACAAUGAUUUAUUGGAAAUACCAAGAGAAAUUGGCGAACUAACACGUCUAAGGGAAUUGCAUAUUCAAAAUAAUCGAUUAACGAUUUUGCCACCAGAAGUUGCUCAAUUGGAUUUGCUUGGUAAUAAAUCUGUUAUGAAGAUGGAAGAGAAUCCAUGGGUGCAACCAAUUGCCGAACAGUAUUUACUGGGAAUUAGUCAUGUUAUUGAUUAUUUAAAGACAGAAACGUAUAAGAUAUUGUACAAUCGUCAUAUACAAAACGGCCGUGGAGGACCAGUUCCACCAAAAGCUGACAAGAGCAAGAAGGCUUCCAGAGUACGGGGAUAGGAUAAAUAACACCCAUUUUUUACUCCUUUAUAUGUGCCUUCGUAUUUGUUAAUCGCUUUGUGUAGUGUCAAAUAAUAUUUUUAACUUUUUUAAGGUUUUGUAAUCCAAUAUAUUUUUCUAACUCAUACAUGUUUCGAAUUAACUUUUUGUGUAAAAUAUAGCUUUUGGAUAAAAAAUUAUUAAAAGUAUAUUUUAUUAAGUUACAAA